GCCGGGGGCGGGGCGGGGCGGGGCCGCCCCUGAUUGCGGUGCCACGGCUGCUCCAGGGCGGCGGAGGGGACGACCGGCGCUCUGUGAGGCGGAGGCUGCGACCGGCGCGCGGAGCUCGCUUGGAAGGAAGGCGCUGUGACAGAGAUAAGAAUCAAGCACUACAAUGACAACCUAUUUGGAAUUCAUCCAACAAAAUGAAGAACGAGAUGGGGUCCGGUUCAGUUGGAAUGUUUGGCCAUCUAGUCGGCUGGAAGCUACAAGAAUGGUUGUUCCGGUGGCAGCCCUGUUUACACCUCUAAAGGAGAGACCCGACUUACCACCCAUUCAAUACGAGCCUGUCCUGUGCAGCAGGACAACUUGCCGAGCAGUUUUGAAUCCUUUAUGUCAAGUGGAUUAUCGAGCAAAACUCUGGGCUUGCAACUUUUGUUACCAAAGGAAUCAGUUUCCACCUACAUAUGCUGGGAUAUCUGAAUUGAAUCAGCCUGCUGAGCUUUUACCCCAGUUUUCAAGCAUUGAAUAUGUAGUUCUGGAAAUGCUGGCGCUCUCUAAAGUACCUGUUACUCAAGCUACACGUGGGCCUCAGGUUCAGCAACCACCUCCUUCCAAUAGAUUCUUACAGCCAGUACAGAAAAUAGACAUGAAUCUCACAGAUCUUUUGGGAGAACUUCAGCGAGACCCAUGGCCUGUGCCACAAGGGAAGAGACCUUUGCGUUCCUCAGGAGUGGCCCUUUCCAUAGCUGUAGGACUACUUGAGUGUACUUUCCCCAACACUGGUGCUCGGAUCAUGAUGUUCAUUGGUGGUCCUGCUACCCAAGGGCCUGGAAUGGUGGUUGGAGAUGAAUUAAAGACUCCAAUAAGAUCCUGGCAUGACAUUGAAAAGGAUAAUGCCAAAUAUGUUAAAAAGGGAACUAAGCACUUUGAAGCACUGGCCAAUCGAGCUGCUACGACUGGGCAUGUUAUUGAUAUCUACGCAUGUGCGUUAGAUCAGACAGGUCUCCUGGAGAUGAAGUGCUGUCCUAACCUUACUGGAGGAUACAUGGUAAUGGGUGACUCUUUCAACACUUCGUUGGCGGCCAGUACCUUUAUCCACUCAGCCAUCUCUCAAGCCCCGACUUUAUCUUUGAGGGAACCAAAUGUACCAUGUUCUUAUUUACAGACCUCAAGGGAAAUAAAGAUUUCCGGAGCUAUUGGACCCUGUGUGUCUCUUAACUCUAAAGGACCCUGCGUGUCUGAAAACGAGAUUGGAACAGGCGGCACUUGUCAGUGGAAGAUAUGUGGACUCAGUCCCACUACAACCUUAGCCAUGUAUUUUGAAGUUGUUAAUCAGCACAAUGCUCCAAUUCCUCAAGGAGGACGAGGUGCAGUCCAGUUUGUCACCCAGUAUCAGCACUCAAGUGGGCAGAGACGUAUCCGAGUGACCACAAUUGCUAGGAACUGGGCAGAUGCUCAAACUCAAAUCCAAAACAUUGCUGCAUCUUUUGACCAGGAAGCAGCUGCCAUUCUCAUGGCCCGGCUGGCAAUAUACAGAGCAGAAACAGAGGAAGGGCCAGAUGUGCUUAGAUGGCUGGACAGACAACUCAUUCGACUGUGUCAGAAAUUUGGAGAAUAUCACAAGGAUGACCCAAGUUCCUUCCGGUUUUCAGGAACAUUUUCCCUUUAUCCACAGUUUAUGUUUCAUUUGAGAAGAUCUCCUUUCUUGCAAAUUUUUAACAAUAGUCCUGAUGAGAGUUCAUAUUAUCGUCACCAUUUCAUGCGUCAAGAUCUGACACAGUCUCUAAUCAUGAUUCAGCCUACUCUGUAUGCCUAUUCUUUUAAUGGUCCAGCAGAGCCCGUUCUUCUGGACAGCAGCAGCAUUCUUGCGGAUCGCAUUCUUCUCAUGGACACGUUUUUCCAGAUUUUGAUUUAUCACGGUGAGACUAUAGCACAGUGGCGGAAGUCAGGAUACCAGGACAUGCCAGAAUAUGAGAACUUCCGGCACCUUCUGCAAGCCCCAGUAGAUGACGCCCAGGAGAUUCUUCACUCCAGAUUUCCGAUGCCGAGAUACAUUGACACCGAGCAUGGUGGAAGCCAGGCACGUUUCCUCCUUUCAAAGGUGAACCCUUCACAGACUCAUAAUAACAUGUAUGCCUGGGGGCAGGAGUCUGGAGCACCUAUUCUCACAGAUGACGUUAGUUUACAAGUGUUUAUGGAUCAUUUGAAGAAACUUGCUGUGUCAAGUGCUGCUUGACAUGCCAGAAGUGUUAGACACUCAAGGUGAAAUGCUAUUCCAGGUUCUUUUGCUUUUCCAUUUAUCUCUGGAAGCAACAGAGAUCUCUCUCCAAAUCUGUUUUGUGGCAGUAUGAUCUGAGGUGAUACAUGAACAAAUAUCGAUGAUUAAGCUGAAAUAUAAUAAGAGCAAUGAGAACAAGUUGGUUUUGCUUGGUACAGUAUUAUAACUGGUUUUUAUAAAUUUGAGGUCUUUAUGAUUUAAUAUGUUUAAAGAGUUAGAAUGGUCUGCUUUGUAUUACAGAUAGCACUUAUUUGUAUACUGCAGACAGAUCCAAAGUGGCACUGGGUAUCCUCACUGACCUGUUAGGAAUAUUUAAUAGCAGCCAGAAAGGAACAAAUUAGUAGUCAUGGCAUAUGAAGAGUUUGCUUCUUUGUCAAGUAAUUUUUCUGUGUUUUUUUUUUUAGCACACAUGUAUACCCUAUUCUGUAUUUGUAAAGUGGAUUUAUUUGUGUGAUUUAUUUAGGAAUUAUUUGACUUUAUAGUAGUAAUUCUUAUGAAGGGAACUUAAUGUUUUUGGUUACUUGCAAAAAUUAUUUAGAGCUAAAAAAUCUGAGUGAGGUAACAACCUCACAGCUGACAUUAAAUGUGAAAUUCCCACCAAGUACCCAACUCAUGUGACUAACCAGAGUAAUUUUGUAAGGAAGCUAAAAAAAUAAAGCAUGUUGUCAGGGUGAUGAAAAAAUUCUUGGAAGUAAAAAGACUAUUGUAAUUAUUAACCAUAUUUUGUUUUUGUUAUAUCAUUUUGUUGUUUUCCCUUCCUAGAUAAAUUUUCCAUUGUAUCCUUCAGUAUUUUAACACUACUUUAGGAGUUUUCACUUCACUUUUGUUUCAGGUUUCUUCCUUGUGAAAUUUAUUAAUUUGUGGUUCUUACUGAGACAGUAUUAUAUAAUGUUUAGUUAUAUCAUGUGGAGAUAGUUCUAUUUGAUUUAUUGAUUAGUAUCAUUCACUUUUACCUUUAAAGUUUACUUGUAGCAAAUGUUUACAUUGCUAAAGCAGAUAAGUUUGACAAUGAAUUUUAUGUAUCAAGUGCUGCAAAUGCAAGGUGGUGCUCUGAUAGUUGCUAAGGACAGUAGUGGUGACUGUGAUUGUACUUGCAUGAACACAAUCAGACGAUGGGAAAGCAGGAACAUCUAAUUGUCAUAGUCAAUUGUUGAAAUAAAUUGCUUUGUUCUUUGUUAUUGGAAUUGAACUGUGCUAGGCCAAAAUGCCAAUAAAACAUACCUUUCUCUUUC